AAAUAAUUAAACCUUUUAUUUAUAACCCUUCCUUUACUUCCUGCAACUUUUCAGUUUUUCAGUUUCCAUAAAAAUUUGAAUACUUAUUAUAAAUAUACACAACACAAGAAAAGUAAACAAGUUAUAGGUUAGGCCUACAAAUGUUAGCAUAAUAGUACAAUAUAUGUAUCUAUCAUCUUCUGUGUUUGGAGAACAAAUCAACUUGUUAUUUGUGAAACCAAAAUUUUACCGUGUUUUGGUUCAUCUAUUGCCUGAUUUUGUUUUGUUAUUGAUGCUUGUGGGUUUACAAAUAUGGCCAUUCAAGCGCAUUUGUAUUCGGAGAAUCUCGGGUUUUCGUUAGGGAGUUUGCAGGAUUUAAUGGAUGAUAAUGUUUGUGGAUUCAAUCAAUUUUGUUUCAAUCCUCAACCGGAGCAGCAGCAGCAGCAGCAACCGUAUUUGUUACAAAUCCAACAGCAGCAGUUUCAAAUUCUGAAUCAGAAAAAUAACAUUCAGAAUUUGAUGAAUUCAUCAAAUUCUACUAUGUUUCCUCAUAAUCUGGCUUCUCAAUUUGAGAAACAGAGAGUCGAGAUUGAUCAGUUCAUUAGUUUACAGAACGAGAGAUUGAGAUUGGCUCUGCAAGAACAGAGGAAGCAACAAGUGGCAUUAAUUUUGAGAAAUUACGAAUCAAAGACUCAUUUAUUACUGAAACAAAAAGACGAAGAAAUUGCGAAAGCAGCAAACAGGUCGAAAGAGUUGGAAGAUUUUUUGAAAAGGAUAGAAAUGGAGAAUCAAACAUGGAAGAGAAUUGCGAAUGAGAACGAAGCCAUUGUUGUUUCUUUAAACAACACAAUUGAACAACUAAGAGAAAAUGUCUGUUUUCAAUCAUCCAAUGUAGGUGAUGCAGAGUCUUGCUGUGAUGUACAACCAAUUGAGGACAAAGUACAAUCAUCGAUAAGGAUGAUGUGCAAAAGGUGUAAUUCUAGUAAGUCAUGCAUGGUUUUUUUGCCUUGUAGACAUCUUUCUUCAUGCAAAGAUUGUGAAACUUGUCUCCAUUCAUGUCCUCUUUGUAACAUGGUCAAGAAAGCAACUAUAGAGGCUUUGAUUUGAUCUUCUUGCAAAAUGACAAGUGUUCCAAGCUUUUUUUCCCCUAAUGUUUGGUUCUGGACUUUGAUUAAUUUAAAUUUGCAUCGCCAAAAGUAUCAUUUUUCAGAAAAGUCAAUUCCUUAUUCAAUCUUUGGAAGGGUACUUCUAUUUAAGUUUUAGUGAACAUAGUUCCAAUGGAAUACUUUUGUUCCAUAGAAUUGGGGUCUUUUAUAGAAACCUCCGGGCCUCCUACCACCAAAAAAAUGUUUAUAUAAUGCAAG